AUGGGCAGAAGAAAGCAAGAAAAUGGAAGAAGUUCCAGGCAGGUCUGUUGCGUCAAUACCCUGCACAAGUCCAAACAGAUGGGUUCCCCCCCCUCUGGUUUCAUUAAAAUUAACACAGAUGCUUCGGUUACCAACGAGGGCUGGGUUGGUAUGGGUGUGGUGGCGAGAGAUAUAGAAGGGUCAGUUUUAUUUGCAGCAUCCAAAAGAAUAAGGGCAUGGUGGUCGGUCGAAGUAGCGGAAGCAAAAGCAAUAACCUGGGCUCUAAACUUGGGAUCAAAAUUCGGACACAACAAUGCUAUUGUAGAAACUGAUUGCCAAGUCAUUAUCACAAAACUCAUGAGGGAGGAGAGGCAUAACACGGAUCUGGACAUGGUGUUAAGUGAUGCUAUGGCUCAAAGUACACGGUAUAGUAGCUUACAAUGGAGUCAUGUGAAGAGGGAAGGAAAUACGGUGGCUCAUAAUCUUGCAAAAUUUAUCCCCUUUGAUCCUGAGCAAAUUUGGUUUAAUUGUGUUCCCCCUACUGUUUCCCACUAUGUAAGGAUGGAUAUUUUUGCUAUUUAA